AGUUUUGAAACGUCGUGAGGGAUGAUUGAUAGUGAGGUGAAAUCGGGGAGGUUUUGAGCAUCUUAGUUUAAAAAGUUUCGCGGUUUCUUUUUAUUGUGAGUUGUGAUGGAGUGCUAUCGGUGAUUAAGGAUUUAUGUGAAGAAAAAGGGGGUUUUACUGGUACACCUGGAUUUUCUUCUUCCUUCCUGUUGAUUUUCCCCCCAUUUCUGCGCAAGAUUGGUCCAGCUUCGCAGCUUCUGGCUCCCCCGCAACUAUGGAUACCAGCUACGUGCCGAACAACCCCCAGUUUGGUCUUCAGUUUGAGUGUAACUGGACUGGACCGGGAGGAAUACAACAGGUCAACAACUACCCAGACGACUUAUCAUCUUGCUGGAGCGACGACAUGGGUUCAUUCUCCCUACCACUGGACUUAGAACCACUCCCCAGCCUCUUCAACAUCUCCCCCUGCGGGACAGCUCCCUCCAACACAGCCUACAAAGCAGAACCUGGAGGAUACCAAACACAAAAUCCUCUCUUGUUCAGAGACCAGAAACAACCAGGGUCUGAUGUUGCUGAUGUAUUGCUGUCCUUGAAGCAUGCGGUGGUUCAUCCUGGUCAAAGCCCCAACGAGAAGUUCGAGAAUCAACAGCAUCUGUACCAUCCCCAGAUGUUGUUGUCGCCUGGGGGGUAUUCAACUGGUGGAGGGUUGUGUGACCAGAACUUUGGGAUGGCUCAGCAAGCUCCGAUUUUUCCAAGCAUGUCAGUGAAUGUUUCGAUGAAUAUGACUAUGCAUAGUUACCACCAUCCGAAUGCAGGAUAUACUUCGGAUAUUUCCUGUCCUCAGGUACAGUGGAACACGCAGACCCCAUCUCAGUCGUCUUACCAAGGGCAGGGUCUUCUAAGUCCUUCUUACGGUGGAACAUACUCUUUUACUGCUGACUUUCGACCUCCUCAGGAUGUGCCAUUGCUGACGACCAGUGCAAGCUAUAAACCGAUGCCGAUGACGUUUAUACCACCGAAACGUCGGUCCAGUUCAAGCCUAUUGGACGACGAUGGACAAAAACCUAACGUAUGUCGAAUUUGUGGAAAAAGUUAUGCAAGACCCAGCACAUUGAAGACUCACCUAAGGACCCACAGCGGCGAAAAACCGUUCAGGUGUACGGAUUGCAAUAAGUCCUUUUCGCAAGCUGCCAACUUGACAGCUCACGUCCGAACCCAUUCCGGUGAAAAACCGUUCAGGUGUCCUGUUUGUGAUCGUAGGUUUUCACAAAGUUCGUCGGUCACGACGCAUAUGAGAACGCAUUCAGGGGAACGACCUUAUAGGUGUAGACUAUGCAAGAAGGCUUUUUCGGAUAGCAGUACCCUAACCAAACAUUUGAGGAUACAUAGUGGAGAAAAACCGUACGAAUGUAAACUAUGUUUGUUAAGGUUUAGUCAGAGUGGUAAUUUAAACAGGCACAUGAGGGUCCAUGGUAGUACUAACGGUUUGCCUCCAUGACACAUGUUUUUUAAUUAUCCUGUAUAAAUUUUGAGAUAUUUUUUGAAGGUGUUGCAACGAAAAAACAAUGUACCAUCGACUGAAACUUUGAAAAAUCUAACUGAAAUUAAGAAUUUCUAUUUUUUGUAUAGUUAUUUAAAAAAGUACUAUAAGUAGCAAUCUGUGAUUUAAAGUUAUACUGUUGUUCGUCUGGAAAAAGCCUGCCAUGACGCCUUUUUCAUUCGAUCACACGGUAUAUAUGUAUAUAAAAAUAAGUUCGAAAAAAAAAACGGCGUUAAAGACAGCUGGGGAAAGGCAAUCCAUGAUAAUUUUGACAUUUACUAAAAAUUGACGUAAAACUUGUCAAAAAUUAACACUAAUUAACAUCUAGG